AUGAGCCCAAGGAUACUGUUUCCUCUGUGUCUGUGCUAUGAGCCCAAGGACACUGUUUCCUCUGUGUCUGUGUUAGGAGCCCAAGAGACCAGAGAAGUGCUCGCAAACACAACCUCCAGGCUAUGGGGUUUCUGGAUUGUUAUUUAUCUGGAUUGUUAUUUACCUGCUCUUAAGCUGUACCUGCUUGGGUUGAGAGUUCUAAUUAAUCAAUUGAUCUGCCGUCCCUUCACGUUGCCAGAGCUGGCCUUACAACAUGGCAAAGUUGCUAUAGUGACGGGAGGCACCAGGGGAAUUGGCUAUGAGACCUCAAGACACAUGGCCAGCCUGGGGGCACACAUUAUCAUAGCUGGACAGAAUGAGCUGAAGGGUGUGUCUGCUGUGAAGAGGAUUUGUGAGGAGAACAGAGAGGCCAAAGUGGAGUUUGAUCAGUUGAAUUUGGCAUCUUUGCAGUCAGUCAGGCAAUUUGUCCAGAAUAUCAAGAGACGGGGCCUACCGCUACACAUCUUAGUCAACAAUGCGGCGGUCAUGUUGGUCCCUGAGGGUCGUACAGAGGAGGGCUUUGAGCAUCACUUCGGGGUCAACUACCUAGGUCACUUCCUGUUGACCUUGCUGCUGUUAGACACAUUAAAGCAUUCUGGGAAACGCGGUUCCUGCUCACGUGUUGUCACCCUCUCCUCGUCAGCUCAUGGUGCUGGAGAGAUACGACUAGACAGCUUGUUAAACAGGCAGUGUCAUUCGUCCCAUGCGGCGUACUGCCAGAGUAAGCUGGCACUACUGUUAUUUUCCUCCCACCUGCAACAGAGGCUGGAAAGAGGAGGGUUUCCAUUGAGCUCAUGUGCAGUGGACCCUGGGAUGGUCGACACGUCACUCUACUGCCACCGCUUCCCCACCGCCCGCCUCGCACAGACAGCCAUCGCACGCCUGCUCUUUAGGAGCCCGUCCCAGGGAGCAUCCACGGUCUUCUACACUGCUCUGUCUCCGUCUUUGGAGUGGGAGGGAGGAGCCUAUUGGAGCAAUGGGCGCACAGAGAUGACAUCACCAAACACCUACGACCCCCAGCUACAUCGCGGCAUCUGGGACUCCAGCUGCAGACAAGUUGGCCUGCAGGAACGGCACCAACCAUGACCCCUGACCUUCAACCCCUGACCCUGACCACCAACAUGGGACUGGAUGGCUGAGACCCAACACUUAGUCUGUCUGACUGGCGUUGUCUUUGUUUUGACAAUCUCCUCACCCCACCACCAGACUGUGAUUGGACUGAUGAUGACCAUGGCUAGACUUUGAUUGGUUAGUGAAGAGUUAAGUCCCUUCCCAUGCUGUUCAAAUGAAUGUGCUAAUGGGAAUGAAGAAACCUUCUCCCUCUGGCACUGUGAACACACACACACUAUAUUAAGAGUAUUCAUAGUGCUGCUAUGAGUGUCUGUAGCGCCACUAUGAGUGUUAAUAGUGACCUUAUAAGUGUUCAUAGCAACCUUAUGACUGUUGGUUCACAGAUCAGAUCUUCCAGAACAGAAAGCACCUUCCCUCCAUGGGAGAACUUAGUUUUGUCAUAAACUAGUGUCAUCAGUGUGUGUGUGUAUGUGUCUGUGUGUACUUGUCAUCAGUGUGUGUGUGUGCGUAUUAUGAUGUUAGAAGCAUCCCGGAGCAUCUGGUGUUCUGAACCAUCUGUGAAGCAUAUACUGACCCCUGAAUAUACUGACACCAUAUAAUGACCCCAUAUACUGACCAAUGAACAAGCCAGCAUGGUAACAUCAGUAAAUCACAGCCUGAAACUGAUAUUUUCAGUUCUUGUGAAAGCAAAGGGUAUUUUGUGGAAUUCUCGCCAAAGCUGCUGGUUCCCUCUCAAGGGGGCAGAAAUCAUCUGAGAGAAGGUCUUUAGAUUGUGUCCCACCUCCUGGGCUGUGAGUCACACACACCUGUUUCAUGAUAUUUCUCUUUUACUGUCAGAGCUGAGCGAUGGUUUAUCAAUAUGCACAUAUCACCUCUCUCAAGUCCAGUCAUUGUGUGUGUUUCUGUGCACAUUAUGUGUAUUUGUGUGUGCGCUGUUUGUGUGUUUCUUCCAGUCAUUGGUUUGUAUGCAUCCAUAAAAAGGCAGCCCAACUGAAACCAGUGGUGAUAUUUGUGGUAGAGGGAGAGACAGUGAGUAAAGAAGAGAUUCUUCAUCCUCUCUCUCUGCUGCUACCUCGUUUGGCCUUGCUCCCAGUGCAUUCAUUGUGGAAGGGAGAUAUCACAGUGAAAAUUCUGCAAAAUUAAGACAAAGACAAACAGUCACACACACAGAGGCGGACUGUGACCAUUUCUAACACACUGGCCAUUUUGUUCCUUCAGGCCCUCAUUGUUAGCCAGAGGAUUAUCAUUUUGAGUAAAAACCUAAGUUAGACAGGCCCAGUAGGCUGGACCAGCCCAUCUGGCAAGUCUGCCCCUGUGAAAAAACACACACGCACACGCACACACACACACGCACGCACGCACACACACACACACACACACACACACACACACACACACACACACACACACACACACACACACACACACACACACACACACACACACACACACACACACACACACACACACUCUCUCUCUCACGUCUCUCUCUCUCUCACCCUCACUCACAAUCACUCACUCACACUCAACUGUGCAUCCAAUCACACACAUGCUUAUCAAAACAAUCAACUCAUACUCUCAUGGCCCAGGCUGGUCUCACAGACUAGCAUAGCAUAGCAUAGUAACAUAGUAAAUUAAAGUCGGACACUCAAAUUAGUAUGAUAUGUUACAUUUAGCAACCCAAAGGUUGUGUGUUCGAAUCUCAUAACGGACAACUUUAGCAUUUUAGCUAAUUAGCAACUUUGCAACUACAUACUGCUUUUUAGCUACUUUGCAACUAUUUAGCAUGUUAGCUAACCCUUCCCCUAAACUUAACCCUUUAACCUAACUCCUAAUCUUAACCCCUAGCCUAGCUAAUGUUAGCAACCUAGCCACCUAGCUAACAUUAGCCACAACAAAUUUGAAUUCUCAACAUAUCGUACGAAUUAUAAUUUGUAACAUAUCAUACAAAAGGGAUGAUUGACAUCCACAAAUAAAUACAUUCCAUACGUAAUAUAUCAUAUUCAUCUGAGUGUCCUGGAUUUUUGUUUACUAUGUUAUGUCCAGGUUGCAUGGCCAAACCAUACCCACUGUGAUCUACAGUGCCUUGCAAAAGUAUUCAUCCCCCUUGGCUUUUUCCUAUUUUGUUGCAUUACAACCUGUAAUUUAAAUAGAUUUGGAUUUCAUGUAAUGGACAAACACAAAAUAGUUCAAAUUGGUGAAGUGAAAUGAAAAAAAUUAGUUGUUUCAAAAAUGUCAAAAAAAUAUAAACAGAGAAGUGGUGCAGCAUAUGUAAAUGCCCCUAAAUAACAUCUGGUGCAACCAAUUACCUUCAGAAGUCACAUAAGUGGCACAUGAUCCGUUACAUGAUCUCAGUAUAUAUACACCUGUUCUGAAAGGCCCCAGAGUCUGCAACACCACUAAGCAAGGGGCACCACAAAGCAUGCGGCACUAUGAAGACCAAGGAGCUCUCCAAACAGGUCAGGGACAACGUUGUGGAGAAGUACAGAUCAGGGUUGGGUUAUAAAAUAAUAUCUGAAACUUUGAACAUCCCACAGAGCACCAUUCAAUCCAUUAUAAUUUUUUUUGAAAGAUUAUGGCACCACAAUAAACCUGCCAAGAGAGGGCCACUCACCAACACUCAUGGACCAGGCAAGGAGGGCAUUAAUUAGAGAGGCAACAAAGAGACCAAAGAUAAACCUGAAGGAACUGCAAAGCUCCACAGCGGAGAUUGGAGUAUCUGUCCAUAGAACCAUUUUAAGCCGCACACUCCACAGAGCUGGUCUACGGAAGAGUGGCCAAAAAAAGCCAUUGCUUAAAGAAAAAAAGAAAAAAAGGCAUGUGGAAGACUCCCCAAACAUAUGGAAGAAGGUACUCUAGUCAGAUGAGACUAAAAUUGAGCUUUUUGGCCAUCAAGGAAAACGCUAUGGCGCAAACCCAACAUCUCUCAUCACCCUGAGAAAAAAAUCCCCACAGUGAAGCAUGGUGGUGGCAGCAUCAUGUUGUCGGGAUGUUUUUCAUCAUCAGGGACUGGGAAAAUGGUCAGAAUUGAAGGAAUGAUGGAUGUCGCUAAAUAUAGGGAAAUCCUUGAGGAAAACCUGUUUCAGUCUUCCAGAGAUUUGUGACUGGGACAGAGGUUCACCUUCCAGCAGGACAAUGACCCUAAGCAUACUGCUAAAGUAAGAUUCGAGUGGUUUAAGGGGAAACAUUUAAAUGUCUUGGAAUGGCCUAGUCAAAGCCCAGACCUCAAUCCAAUUGAGAAUGUGUUAUGAUUUAAAGAUUGCUGUACACCAGUGGAACCCAUCCAACUUGAAGAAGCUGGAGCAGUUUUGCCUUGAAGAAUGGGCAAAAAUCCCACUGGCUAGACGUGCCAAGCUUAUAGAGACAUACCCCAAGAGACUUGCAGCUGUAAUGGGCAAAAAUCCCAGUGAAUAGAUGUGCCAAGCUUGUAGAGACAUGCCUCAAGAGACUUGCAGCUGUAAUUGCUGCAAAAGGUGUCUUUGUUGGCUUUGGGGAGUGUUAUGCACUCUCAAGUUUUCAGUUUUUUUGUCUUAUUUCUUGUUUGUUUCACAAUAAAAAAUAUUUUGCAUCUUCAAAGUGGUAGGCAUGUUGUGUAAAUCAAAUGAUACAAAUUCCCCAAAAAUACAUUUUAAUUCCAGGUUGUAAGGCAACAAAAUAGGAAAAAUGCCAAGCGGGGUGAAUACUUUCGCAAGUAAUUGUAUCUGCCACCAGUGCUCAGAUUUUCAGGCUUAUUUUUAUUUUUUUAUUUUUUUAUUUUACCGUUAUUUUACCAGGUAAGUUGACUGAGAACACGUUCUCAUUUGCAGCAACGACCUGGGGAAUAGUUACAGGGGAGAGGAGGGGGAUGAAUGAGCCAAUUGUAAACUGGGGAUUAUUAGGUGACCAUGAUGGUUUGAGGGCCAGAUUGGGAAUUUAGCCAGGACACCGGGGUUAACACCCCUACUCUUACGAUAAGUGCCAUGGGAUCUUUAAUGACCUCAGAGAGUCAGGACACCCGUUUAACGUCCCAUCCGAAAGACGGCACCCUAUACAGGACAGUGUCCCCAAUCACUGCCCUGGGGCAUUGGGAUAUUUUUUAGACCAGAGGAAAGAGUGCCUCCUACUGGCCCUCCAACACCACUUCCAGCAGCAUCUGGUCUCCCAUCCAGGGACUGACCAGGACCAACCCUGCUUAGCUUCAGAAGCAAGCCAGCAGUGGUAUGCAGGGUGGUAUGCUGCUGGUGGUAUGCUGCUUAUAUGAAACUAACUUAAUUUACAUAACACACAUACGCCCACAGAGACUAGUAUCAGGACUGGGGAUAACUACAGACUCUGUGUGUAAACUUCCUUUACUUUAAGCUCUCAUUCUGCUACUGAGAACAUGGUUCAUGUCUUCCAGACAUGAGGUGGGUGAGUGUGUUACUGUAGCUGUCAGACUGGAUGCUGUUUGGGUUGGUUAUUAUGGGUAGGGUUUUGGUUUCUAAAAACAGACCUUUACUGGCACAUCCAGUUUUCAGAAUAGAAAGUGUGUGUUUGAAGUAAUUAGUAAAUAAAGACACAAUUUAAACGUCACCAUGACGGGUUUGAAUUCCAGCCUGUUGACAUCCAGAGACUGCUACAGGAGAACAGACAAGAUACAGAUAAUAUUGAUUUGCGAUGUGCAAAAUAUAUUUUGCUGUGCUGUGCCCGAACUCCCUCAGAUAUAGAAUUUGACUGUGAAUUUCCAUGUAGAGUUGAACUAUAGUUAAAUUAUGAACUGUCUUGUCUUGUUAUUGUCAUAUUUCUGUAAAAACCUUUGUUAGCUGUUUGAGCAAUAUGAAGACAUGUAGCGCUUAUACCUCUGGAGGAGAAAGACUUCUGUUCACUAUGAAGACUGUGGUUAGGUUCAAUAUGGAGGUCAUUGUGUCAAUAUGAACAGUGUGUUUAUGUUGUUGUGAUGUUCUCCACCUCCUCCUUUUCUACCAGGCAAAGCCUCAAUAAACAUUACUGUGCCACUGAAA